AUGUGCACGCCUGUGCCUUGGGGGUUGGAUUCUCUUCCUGAGUCCCAGGAGAAGCUGAAGGCGCUCCCAGCCAUGGAAGAACCUGAGGAGACGGGAGCAGAGCCUCUGGGAGCCGCCAGCCUCAACUCUGUUCCUGGGCACCACCAGAAAGAAAAGCCAUCUCCAGACCCACUGUAUGACACACCUGAUGCCAGCUGGGCACAGGCAGGCAGGUCCCAACAGCCAGCACGCGCUGUGAGCCUGCGAGAGCGGCUGCUGAUCACCCGGCCUGUGUGGUUACAGCUGCGGGCCAAUGCUGCGGCCGCCCUGCACGUUCUGAGGACUGAGCCUCCGGGGACUUUCCUGGUGCGGAGAUCUAACACCCGCCAGUGCCAGGCUCUGUGUGUGAGGCUGCCGGAAGCCAGUGGCCCCUCUUUCGUCUCCAGCCACUAUAUCCAGGAGAGCCCUGGUGGUGGUGUCUGCUUGGAGGGCUCAGAGCUCGUGUUCCAGGACCUGGUCCAGCUCAUCUGUGCAUACUGCCAUACCAGGGACAUUCUUCUCCUCCCUCUCCGACUCCCCAGAGCCAUCCAUCAGGCAGCCACCCACAAGGAACUGGAGGCCAUCUCCCAUCUGGGCAUGGAGUUCUGGAGUUCCUCCCUCAACACCAAGAUCCAACAGAGGCCCUCCGAAGCCCCAGCCCCGCCGAUACCCCGGCUGAAGGCUCGGUCCCCUCAAGAGCUGGAUCAGGGCACUGGCGCAGCCCUGUGCUUCUUCAACCCCCUCUUCCCAGGGGAUCUGGGCCCCACCAAACGGGAGAAGUUCAAGAGGAGUUUCAAAGUGCGCGUAUCCACAGAGACCUCCAGCCCUCUGUCUCCACCUGCUGUGCCGCCUCCCCCUGUCCCCGUGCCGCCGGGGACGUCUUCCAGCCAAGCGGAAAGGCUGCCCCCUCGACAGCUGCUGCAGAGGGAGAGCUCGGUGGGGUACCGCGUGCCAGGAAGCGCUGCUGGCCCCAGCCUUCCUCCCCUGCCUUCGCUUCAGGAGGUGGACUGCUGCUCCCCCAGCAGCUCAGAGGAGGAGGGGCCUCCAGGGGGCCCCUCAACCUCGCCGCGCCUCAGCCGCCCAAGGCAGCGAAGGCCUCUGCUUCGGUCCAUGAGUUCGGCUUUCUGCUCCCUGCUGGCACCGGAGAGGCAGGUGGGCCGGGCGGCCACGAUGCUAGUGCAAAACCGAUACACAGCUGUGGGUCAGCUAGUGCAGGACCUACUGACCCAGGUUCGGGCUGGUCCUGAGCCCCGGGAGUUGCAGGGCAUCCGCCAGGCCCUGAGCCGGGCCCGGGCCAUGCUGAGUGCAGAGCUGGGCCCUGAGAAGCUGCUACCCCCGGAGAGGCUGGAAUUGGUCCUGGAGAAGUCCCUCCAUCGCUCUGUUCUCAAGCCUCUUCGGCCCAUCCUAGCUGCCCGCCUGCGGCGCCGGCUUUCCACAGAUGGUUCCCUUGGCCGCCUGGUUGAGGGCUUCCGCCUGGCCCGGACCCAGGGGCCUGGAGCCCUUGGCUCCCACCUGAACCUCUCCUCCCCAGUGGAGACGGAACAGGUGCGCCAGAAGCUGCUGCAGCUGCUUCGCGCCUACUCACCUAGCGCCCAGGUCAAGUGGCUUCUGCAGGCCUGCAAGCUGCUCUACACAGCCCUGAAAACCCAGGCGGGGGAGGAUGCAAGUGCUGAUGAGUUCCUUCCUCUGCUGAGCCUUGUUCUGGCCCAGUGUGACCUUCCUGACCUCCUAUUAGAAGCUGAGUACAUGUCAGAGCUACUGGAGCCCACCCUGCUCACUGGAGAGGGCGGCUACUACCUGACCAGCCUCUCAGCCAGCCUGGCCUUGCUGGGUGGCCUGAGUCAGGCCGGGGCUCUCCCUCUCAGCCCGGCACAGGAGCUCCAGCGCUCUCUUGCCCUCUGGGAACAGCGCCGCCUGCCGGCCACCCACAGCUUCCAGCACCUCCUCCGAGUAGCCCACCAGGACCCCAGCACGGGUUGCACCUCCAAGACCCUGGCUGUGCCCCCAGGGUCUUCAAUUGCCACCCUGAGCCAACUCUGUGCCACCAAGUUCCGAGUGACCCAGCCUGACGCAUUCGGCCUCUUCCUCUACAAGGACCAGGGCUACCAUCGCCUGCCCUCUGAAACCCUGGCCCACAGGCUUCCAGCAACUGGCUACCUUGUCUACCGCCGGGCGGAGCGCCCUGACACCCGAAGGGCUGCAACAGAGAAGUCCAGAGAUGGUUAUGGUCCUGGAGGUCAGGUCACAAGAGAGAAAGCAUCUAUGUUCCAGUCUUUCUUCAAGAUCAGAGCUCUACUGAGGCAUUUCAGUACUUCUGGGGGAUUGGACCCUGGGCAGUGAUGCCCACGAGCGGGAAGACAAGUGUCCAAAACAGAGAGACAUGCUCCACAAAUAUUGCCUUUGUACUCUGCUCUUUGGGCCCUUACAAACGCUUGAGGCGUGGACUGGCUUGUGGGCCCCACUGCAGUGCAGGAAGGUAAUUCCCAAAAAAAUCCAAGAAUUCCCAAGCAAACUAGCCCUCAAGGCCAGGGCAGCAGCCCGAGAGGGAAACCCGCCGUAAAUCUGAGCAGAGAAAAAAAAAAAUGCCCACCAAUAGCCACAAGAGGGCAUGCACAGCCCAAGAAGCUGCCGAGGGUGAAGCCCCACCCCGCCUAGGUGGGUGGGUGGGGGGCUAGAGGGGUGGGGAUAAAGAAAAUUUAAGAGCAGAGGGAACGUCGCUGGCCUUGUACUCUUAAGGCAGCCUGGGAAAUUCAGGGCAAAGGCCACUUGCAGUCAGAGAUUCUUAGGAAAGGAUUGUUUCCAGACAAAGGAGCAGCCGGCCUUCCAGACAGGCUGAAAGGCGCUCGCUCUUCCUGGGCCUCUGAGCCCCAGGACACCGACCCAAGUGUAACAAUAGGGAGGCCGACUUUCAGAUCCACAUCUAGUCAGUGUAGGGCACCAAGCUAGUCCAGGGGCCACCGGUGUUCUUCCUUCCCCACUUCCGUGCCCCUCCCCGGCAGGGAAGAGUAUGUAUGAUGAGGAACAAGUCCUUCUGGCAUCUAACACCUGGCACAGGGAAGGCUGCCCUGGUGCAGCCCCUCUCAACCACCCAGGGAAGGCCGCAGACAAGGCUGCUGGGGUUUCAAGGCUCUGGACAACACUUGCUCUUUUUCCACGAGAUGCCCUUCCUCCCUCCCCAAUGCUUUUGUACAGGAUGGAGCACGCCAGGUGCUCAAUAAAUGGUGUCGACUGA